UUGUUUGUCUUGUAUUCUGGCAUUCGCCGCUGUUCUCCUCGUUCGUUCGGUUUUUUCUUAGCUCUUCAGGGAGGAGUGUUUAUGUAAAAUACAAAAUAUUUUUUAGCGAACAAAAAUCGGUCUUACAAAUAAAAAAGCGACGGAUUGAUAUGUAGGUGCGAAAAUAAAAAGUGCAGCGCAGUUUGGGGCUUGUUUAAUGAGUGAUUUAUAAUUUUAAAAAGUGGAUAACACACCUCAGCUCAUCAUCUGAGUCAUUGAAAAUAUGAAGUAUGCCCACGUAAAGGAAGCUAAAAUCAAUGAAGUGCAUAAUAAAUAUAAAAUGCAUUGAAAAUAUUAAAAUUCUCCAGAACGAAAAAAAUAUGUGUUUGCAUGUUUGAUACGAAAACUAACUAAUUUAUUAAGCUAAUCUUCGAACACAGCGGGAAAACAUUUUUGUUGUGAAUAAUAAGAAAAACACCGUAUGCCACGAUAAAACACCCCAGACAAGCAACUAAUAAAUAGUUCAAUGUGAUUGUAUGUAGAGAGUGCAUAGUGUCGUAAACGCCAGCAUUUGUAUCUAUACGAAGUACUUUAACACGUAAACAUACAUAUAUAUAUACAUAUAAAUAUAUAAAAGAGUAUAUUAAUGAGAGAUCUAAGCAGUGAGCUAAUUUAAUUUAAGCAACAAUUAUGCAUUGUGACAACACGAAAACAUCCUCAGAAAUCGAACAUGUCGACUGGAGUACUGGCACCGGUUCGGGCCAUCAUUACGCCAAUGUUAGAUUUGGAUCAGGCAGCAGUCAGGCUUCACAAAGCAGUGGGGAUAUUUGCCGCAUCUGCCACUGCGAGAGCGAUCCACAAAACCCUCUACUAACGCCUUGCUAUUGUGCGGGUAGUCUAAAAUACGUCCAUCAGGCAUGCCUCCAGCAAUGGUUAACAGCAUCGGAAACGAAUGCUUGCGAAUUAUGCAAAUUUCCCUUUAUAAUGCACACCAAAAUCAAACCGUUCAAUGAGUGGCGUAGCCUUGAUAUAUCCGGUAUUGAACGAAGACGCCUCUGCUGUUCGGUGUUGUUUCAUUGCGCUGCCGCUUUAUGCGUUAUUUGGUCGCUUUGUGUGCUAAUCGAACGUGCGGCUGAUGAUGUGAAACGUGGACUCAUUGAUUGGCCCUUCUGGACGAAGUUGGCCGUGGUCACUGUUGGUUUGACAGGUGGCGUUGUUUUCAUGUAUAUUCAAUGCAAAGCUUAUCUACAUUUAUGUCAUCGUUGGAAAGCCCGGAACAGAAUUCUACUCAUACAAAAUGCGCCCGAAAAAAUACAUGCCCUAUCACCGCCGUCUCCAACGGUCCAACAUCGCACACAUCAUGAAGGCUCUAGCGAACCACGAACCUCAGGCACAAAUGCGCCACCCGCCUGUAGCGUGGAUGGUCCAAGUGUUGAGGUUGUUGCUAAUGGCGCUUCUGCUUCAAAUGCUUAUAAUUAUGCCUCCGCAACAGGCACCGGCAGCAUUUCGGGCAGUUUGGAUAUAGAAGGUGCAGCAACACUUCAUCAACACUCCUCACAUCACUAUCAUCUUCCAGCCGAACAACAUCGUGUGCCACAAAGUGGCGGUGGUGAUGCAGAUUCUGAUGUUUUGCCUACAUCUCAUCAUCACAGUCAUUUGACGCCGCAACGGCAGCUGGGGCAGGUAGCUGUCGCGGCAAAUAUUGAGUGUGCGCAAUUGCAAAGUAAUUACGAACGCGAUUGGGCAUUAGAUGAUGUUGUCUCUCAAAUAUCAUCUUUCCGGCCUUGUCCACAAGGCUCUGGUAGCAUGACACCAUUCCACGAUUCCAUACAUAACGUACUCGAACAUUCGGAGAAUUCAAGUCGUGGAUCUGUAAAUGACGUGUGUGGCGGUUCACGCCAAGAUCUCAGCACAGGUGGCAUUUCGACUGACACAGGACGUGAACAUGCGCUGCAAUUGAGUAGUUUUAGUGGUAGCGGCGACCAAAAAGCACCCUCAAUCAGUUCAGGCGUUUCCAACGCGGUGGCUAAUGGCUUGGGUGGCUUCGUCUACAAGCCGCACACCAAACGCUAUUCGAAUUCAUCGAUAUUCGUAGAGAACCGUGAUAUCCUCACUGACUCGAUGGGCCUCAGCAUGGAAUCAUCGAUGGAUUAUCCAGCUCCCAACGAGAGUUAUCGGCAUGUGAACACAUUAACGCCACCCAGUGUUGCUGAUGUUGAAGCUGAAAGCGAACAAAUGAAUAAAUUGCUUACGAAAGACUUACGACGCUACUCGGACACAAAACUUGUAAUCGGACCGGAUAGCGAACCAAUGUUGGGGACAAAUGUUGAUGACGUUGUACUACCGUCAGCCGUGCCAAUAGAACCUACGUACUCAUCAGCAAGGAAAACAAUGGGCGGUGGAAGUAAACGGGCGCACCAACUUUUGAAACAGCACUCGGCUAGUGCCACUGAUACAAUUUUAGAUAUGGAGCUGCCGACGUCACCGCUUUCGCCUCCAGCAGCAUACGCGGCAAAUGUGACAUUGGCUACAGCGCGUCAGACCCAGGCAGCUCUACGGCGUUCAUUGCAUACAGUGGACGAGUUGGGAGCUUGCGCGGUUACAAAAGAGUUGCUGACAGAUAGAGCCAUACCCAGCACUAUCGCAGCGGUGGUGGGUACGACUGCGUCUGGGCGACAGUCCACGUCGAAAACCAUGUUUAAAUCGUUGCCAAAUUUAAGUGGCAGUUGUGAAAAUUUGCUCAGAAAGUGAGCAUGCAACGCGCGUUUCUGCCCAACUUCAUUUCGUGCAAGCCCAAAUUUGCUUAAAUGAAGAAUAUAUUAUACCUAUAUGUGUAUAAGUAAAUGUACUGAGUUUCGCUCUCUAAGUUGUGUUCGCACAUAUCUAUCUGUAUUUCAUUAUAUUUUAUUUUAUUAUUAACAUUAUUAUUAACUUGUGUGCGACGAACAAAGAUUACUUGCGUCCAAUAUUUAUUCACGCUUAAUAUUGUUCAUUUUAGGUGUUCUCCCUGGGGAUAUAUGUAUGAAAGGGAAUCUUUUGUACAUUUAUCCCGCUUAUGUUGAGGGUGAUGUUUAAUUAUUGAACGCAGUGUUAGACUGUUGUACUUUGAUAUAUAAGGUUGCUGUAAAUAAAAUUAAAUGAUACAAUUGUAUUACUAGCAGAAGCAAAGAAAAGAUGUGGGGGAGUACGAAUUUGAAAUUUAUUCAUAUGUUUGUAUUUAAGAAUUACUAGCAAAGAUCAAGAUAAAUCUAAAUUAUACGAGCAAAAGGGCAAGUUUGUAUAUUUUAUUUUCAAUUAAAAUUAAACUAAUGCUUCAUGUUUCGUGUAUGUUUAUUACAUUGUUAUAAUAGAAACUGUUCAUCUGCUUCAAUUUUAAUCAACAUGUUUUCGAAGCAAAAAAUGAAUUUUUGAAAAAACUGCGUUCAAUAAUUAGUUAAUUUUAUACUCUAGUUAAGCAUAAGUUAUUUCAAUAAAACAUUUAGUAGCGUGCCAAAACUUGGACUACUCGCACCUUAAGCUUCUGUUCUACAAAUGGCUGUUCUGCGUAAAACUACAAUUUCAUUAUUUAAAAAACAUUAUGCAUUACUCAAACGUCCCAUUAAUGCGCCAUAGAAAGCAUAACAUUUCUGCCAUUUUAUUAGUUAUACAGCAUUGGCAUACCUAGUUUCGAAAUUGCUUCCUUUAAACUUUUCUAUAUGUAACUUGAAGUGGAGAGAACUAGGAUGUUGCAAGUAAAUGCUUAACAACUGUGAUUACUAAAUUGUAUAACCUUUUAGACUUUUUUGCAAAUCUUGAAUCAUUUCAAACAAAGGGAAAGCUGGAAAAUGUCACUUUUUUCAAACGCUCCUAAAACACGGGGAGCAGUUGGACUUAUAUACAUAAAUGCUGCAUAUUAAUGCAAAUAAAAGAUAAAUAGUAUAUACAUGCCUACAUAAAUUCAUAAAUAUAAAUUAUCUUACCGGAAUAGAAAUAAAUCAAUUCAAAAAAAAAAAAAAAAAAAAAUUAAAUAUUUUUCUAUAAAGAAAUUGUCGUUUUAGCAUUGCGCCUUAUACUCGCUUUUUAAAGUUUCAGAAAUGUUUUGAGAUAAAAAAAAUCAGUUAAAAUCUGUUUAAAUGCAAAAUUCUUCCCCUUUUUACUCGCUUUAGUCCUUCCUCGACUAAUGGAAAUAAACAUUCAAUAGCUUAUCACUUAACUAAAUUAACAUUAUUAUUCUUUUAUUUAAUUUUUGUACAGUAAAUAGUAUAAAAUCAUCAUCAAAAAAAUUUUGUAAUUAAAUUAAUCAACUAGUAAACCAUUACUAUUGUAUUAAACAUUAUUAUUUACAUUAUUAGGUAUGUUGAACCCGCAUACUACAGAAAACUAUUUAAAAUUAUUAUAUCUAUAUUAAUGUAAUUUUAAACCAAUAAAAGAAAUGAAAUACAAA